AUGGCAGAUCCCCUGCUUAAUUUCUUCACUCUCAUGGAGAACCAAGUUGGUGUCAUUGUCAGAGGUUGCUUGUUUGCUGAUCCCGGCGCAGGUCGCACCCGGUUCGACCGCCUGUUCCUCAUCGGACGCAGCUCGGUGCCGUUGUGCGUCGAUGCCUUGAAGGCAGCCGUCGCCGAAGCCAAGCGGGGCAAAGAUACGCAGAGAUACAGGGAAGCGGUCGAGUGUCUGCGCAUUGCGGCGCCGUCGGAGCCACUAGCGACCCUUGAUCAGGCGUGGCUCGAAGCCCAGGAGAUGGCCAACCACAUGGAGACCACUCGGCUGUUGACCGAACUGAAGGGAUACAAGAAUAACCUGAUUAAAGAGAGUAUCAGGAUGGGCAAUGAAGACCUCGGCAAGCACCUUGAAAGCAUCGGCGACCUCAAUGCGGCAUCCGAGACAUACGCCAAGAUGAGGCCUGACGUGAGCACCACAAAGCAGUUAGUUGACGUGGGAAAGCACCUAGUCCGGGUCUCUAUACAGCGGCGCGAAUGGGGCAUGGUCAGCGCCCACCUCAGCAAGUUGGGGGCUGCUCAUCGCGGGGAGGAAGAGAAGGCCGUCCAAUCCUACCUCGAGGUCGCGCAGGGAAUCGCCCUCCUCGGACAGGAGAAGUACAAGGAGGCAGCACUCAGCUUUCUCGCCGUCGACUCCGGCGUCUCGGGUUCGAGCUACAACGAGCUCGCCAGCCAAAGCGAUGUCGCCGUCUAUGGCGGCCUUCUUGCUCUGGCAUCCAUGGACCGGGACGAGUUGCAGACCUGCGUGCUCGAUAACACGCGGUUCCGAGCCCUCCUGGAGCAUGCGCCGCACAUUAGGCGUGCCGUUGCGCAGUUUGUCGCCGGCAGGUACUCGGCCUGUAUCGCCACUCUCGAGUCCUACCGGCCGGACUAUCUCCUCGAUCUCUACCUCCAAAAGCACGUCGGGAACAUCUACUCGCAAAUCCGGAGCAAAUGCAUCACCCAGUACCUGAUCCCCUUCUCCUGCGUCAGCUUGGACACCAUGAGCAAAGCCUUCGGCGGCGCUGAACAGCCCAUCGAAGACCUGCUGGCCGACAUGAUUCGGUCCGGCGCACUCGCGGCUCGGAUUGACACCAUCGACAAGCUCGUUACGACCCGGUCUGCCAAUCCCAGAGCGCAGAUGCAGGAUUCGGUGCUCCAGGCCGCAGAGAAUUACGAGAAGCAGGCGCUCGAUCGUCUCCGGAGGAUGGGACUUGCCGCGGCGGAUCUUGAGCUUAAAGGCAGCAAAAAGCUAGGGCCCCACGGCUUCGCCAGCCAAAGCGACUUGCUGAUGGAGGAAACGCUGAGUUGAGACAGCCGCUGACCGGUGGGAUGGUGGUGACGAGACUGGCUUGAAUCACUCCCUUGGCAUUGCAUUGCGGAGAAGGGCAGAAGGCGCUUUGGCGGCAUACAGACAGAUCCGGUGGUUAUUGGUUGGGUCAUGGGAAGGGCGGAGGUAAUGAAUGAAGAUGCCUAGGUGCACAGACGC